AAGUGUACUAAGUCCACUUUUUGCCAAAAAUGAGUUUUCUGUACUAAGUGACAUAACUUUUAACGCUCUAUCUGAAAAAAAAUAUUUAACUAUCAAAAUUAAGGUAGUUGGCGAGUUAAUAAUUUUAAAACAGUACUAAGUCACAGCAGCACUCAGAGGUAAACUGUACUUUUUGGACUUAGUAUUGCUUACUCAAAAAUAUUUAUUCGCUACCCUGGACUUAGUACAAUUGGUGUACGUGAUACUUUGCACGUUCGCUCCUGUCUGCUACCGUCCAGCCGUUUAUAAUUUUUUCAUUCCCUAAUUUAGUCUUUCGUUAGCUGGCGGAUUAGAUUAAUACUUUUGUGCGACAUGUUUUCUUCAAGAAGUGCGAAAAUUAUGGCAGCCUUGGGAAAGGUGAAUGUAGCCGAAGAUGUGCCAAAUAAUAGUAAUUCCAGAGACCGCUUGUCAAUUGAGUUGGAUAAUUCUGGCCUAGUAGGAAGCCCAGUAUCAAUUAUUAGUUCUGCAAAUAAUAUUGAUCAAGAGACUGAAGACGUAACUAAUAAGUCGCCUAAAAAAUUUAUUCAACUUCAAAAGCUUAUUGAAUGUACACCUGAAAAUGGAUCUACAAAAAAUGUGACACGUAAACUAUUUGAUUGUCCUGGAGAACCCGAGUUAUACACAUUAAAAAACGUAGGUCUAUCUAAAAUUCCAGUGCGUAGGGCUAUAUCUAAUUUUGAAAAAGAACAUGAAAACAAAGGUCAUUGGCUGCCUACUGAACCUAUUCCCCUUCCCCUUCAGACAGUUUCUAUUCCGAGUACAUCCACAAGCAGAAAUAAUAACGAGGAAAGCAAUGAUAUUUUAUGGGAAGACUCAGAUGAUAGCAUGAAAGACCCAAAUUAUCAACAAAGAGAUAGUGAAACAGAUUCUAAGACAAGCAACAAUUCAGGUGAUGCUUCAACUGAUGUGGAAACAGAGCAGGAUGAUGGACAAAGGUCAGAAAGAAAUUUAACAGAAUCUCAGAAAGGAAGAAAACGUAAAAGAAACAUUAGGAACUGGAAAUGCAAUGUGAGAAAACACAAAUUUCUUUCUGGAGAGGAGUAUAUGUCUAAACGGAACACUUUCACAAAAGCCAAAUCUUUGAAACUGCCUUGCAAUGAUAACUGCAGGCUUAAAUGCUCGACAAAAAUCAGCCAAGAACAAAGAAAUACCAUAUUUACAUGUUUUUGGUCUCCGUCAAAAUCAAUUGAUCAUAAACGUCAGUUUGUGGCUUCUUCUGUUAAUUUGGCAGAAAUCAAAAGACGGCGUGAGCGCACUGGAGAAAGGGCAAAUAAAAAAAAUUACAACAAAAAAUUCUUUUUUUCUGUGCAAAAGCUGCAAGUUCAGGUAUGCAAAACGUUUUUUUUAAAUACUUUGGGGAUCUCACAAACAUUUGUGUCAACCGCGUUAUCCAAAAAAUGUAGUGGGGGUAUAGUGGAAUCUGAUCAACGUGGCAAAAAAAUACCUUCAAAUAAAAUCUCAGCUGAGUUAAGAGACACUAUUAGAAAUCAUAUUUUAAAAUUCCCGACCCUUGAAUCUCAUUAUAGUAGGGAACGAUCAUCCAAAAAGUAUCUCGAUAGUAAUUUAAAUAUAACCAGAAUGUACGACGCUUACAAACAAGAAAUGUUAGAUCGAAACAUACCCGAAAUUGACAUACCUAAAUCAUGGCUAUACAGUGAAAUAUUUAACAACGAAUUUAAUUAUUCCUUUAAGCCUCCUGACAAUGACACUUGUGACCAGUGUGACAAAUACCUUGUUAAAUUAAAGGAUUCAACAAUAAUUGAUGAAAGAAUGGCUAUUCAAAAAGAGUACGACUCGCACUUAAGUGAUGCGGGUAAUAGGUAUGCUUUAAAAGCACAAGAUAAGGCAAAUGCAAAAGAAAAUAAAAAACUUAAAGUUAUAAUGGUUGAUCUAGAAAAAUGUUUGCCAACACCCGCAUUAACAAAUGCUCAAAGUUUUUAUUCCCUCAAAUUGUGGACAUUCAACUACACAAUUAAAGAUUCUUCAAAAAAUCUUACAACUUGUUGCAUGUGGGAUGAAAGCGUAGCAGGGCGAGGUGGAAACGAAAUGCCCUCAUGUUUACUAAAAUGGGCACUUAGCACUAUUGACGACUCUACUGAAGAACUUACAAUAUGGUCGGACAAUUGUCCUUCCCAAAAUCGCAAUAUGAACUCAAUUUUGGCAUAUUUUUUCAUUUUAAAAUUAAUACCUACAAUAAAGGUAAUAAAUCAUAAAUAUCUUCUAAGAGGGCACACCCACUUGGAAGUAGAUAGUGACCACUCUAUAAUUGAAAGGGAAAGGAAAAAAAUGACAAAAUUUCAGAUUAUGACCCCAUGGGACUGGCAACAGUUAGUUCGUUUGGCAAGUCAUAAAAACCCAUUUUCUGUCAUCAACAUGGAAAUAUCCGAUUUUAAAAAUUUCAUGUCACUAAUUCAAGGCACCAACGCACCAUUUUUGCACAGAAAAAAAAUGGAAACAGGAGAAGACUUUAAAAUAUCACAAUUGGUCCAUAUCCAGGUUCGUUCUGAUCAAAUUGGAAAGGUUUUUUGUAAAACAAGUUUUGACGAGAAUGAUUUUAAGAUACUUGAUUUAAAUAGAGUAUCCCGUAAAUCAAUAUUUCCAGAAGAAAUUCCAGUUAUAAGGAACGAACCAAAACCAAUUAGUGAAAAGAAAUACAAAGAUCUCCAAAAUCUAUUACAAUGGGUUCCCAAAAUAUUUCACCAUUUUUACCAACAACUUCCACAUACCGAUAAAGACAAUAAAGAAGAUGGUGAAAAUUAACAUUAUACGGUUUAAUGCGACUAUUUUUUUAAUAUUUGUCCUUUAGCAUUAGAGUAAUAUCUAUUUUUUAUCUUUCUUGUAUACUCUAUGUUAAAUCUUUAGAAUAUUUAAGAUUAGUUUAUGUAAAAGUUUCUUAUUUUUAACGAAAAGGAAUACAUUAUUUGUAUAGUUUGUGUUUCCUACUGCUUUGGUGUAACCACCAAAGUAAAAGUUGUUCGUUGAUGUUCUUCCAAUAUUUUAA